CUAUUCAAUCUAGUGACCCACUGACCGAUCCCUACCGCAUCAGUCAUCCAAAAUGGCGUUUCGUAGCGGGAACGAGGCUUCCAAACGCUCCUUGAAGCUGGAUUUCACCCGCAUCACCCCUCAAAAUGACAACGAAAUCCACGAAUCCACAGUGCCGGAUGGGAUGUCCCCCAGCCGACUAAGUCUGGUAACCAGCCCCAGCAAUUCCAGCAUCAGCAGCACGCACAGCACACACAGUAGCAAUGGCAGCAGUGGAAAUCAAAGAUACGAGUCACCCCUCGACAGAAUGCGUUCACGUAGCCUGGACUCCAUUGGCAAACUCAGCAUAUCGGCCAUGGAGACGUACGACUUCACAUCAGAUGAUCUAGAAGACAGAGGAGAGAUAGGACGUGGGGCUUUUGGCUCUGUGAGCAAGAUGUGGCAUUCUAGAAGCAAUACCCUCAUGGCAGUCAAGAGAAUUAGGUCAACAGUUGAUGAGAAAGAACAGAAGCAGCUACUCAUGGACUUGGAUGUCGUCAAGAGGAGUAACCACUGUCCAUGUAUCAUUAAAUUCUAUGGAGCACUCUUCAAAGAGGGCGACUGCUGGAUAUGCAUGGAGCUGAUGGAUACCUCGUUAGACAAAUUCUACAGAUUCGUGUGUGAACAUCUCAAGAGCCGCAUCCCAGAACCCAUCUUAGGCAAAAUCACUGUCUCGACAGUAACAGCACUGAAUUAUCUGAAGGAGGAGCUGACGAUCAUCCACAGAGAUGUGAAGCCGUCAAAUAUUUUGCUAGACACCAAAGGUAACAUCAAGCUGUGUGAUUUUGGCAUCAGUGGACAGCUGGUGGAUUCCAUUGCCAAGACAAGAGACGCUGGAUGCAAGCCCUACAUGGCCCCUGAAAGAAUAGAUCCCUAUGUUUCCAAGGGAGGAUAUGAUGUCAGGUCUGAUGUCUGGAGUCUGGGCAUCACAUUAAUUGAGAUGGCCACGGGCAAGUUUCCCUACCCCAAGUGGAACAGUGUGUUUGACCAGCUGGCUCAAGUCGUCAAAGGACCCCCUCCUAGACUGGUCAGCACCCCAGAUAUGCAAUUCUCUGCUGAAUUCACAGACUUUGUCAGCAACUGUUUAAAAAAGCUAGAGGAGGACAGACCAAAGUACAACAAACUGCUGGAGCACCCAUUUAUCAAGAGGUAUGACAGAGCAGAGGUUGAUGUUGCUGGCUACGUGUCAAACAUUGUGGCCCGAAUGAGUGAAUCAGGAAAGUUGCACAACGCCGAUUAUUAACUUGUCAUAUACACUAGGUACAGUGACUUUUUGUUUUAUCUUGUUCAUGCAUCCGCCAAACGGAUGGAUGAGGCAUUGUAGUUCCGUGUACAUAAAGAUUAAGGGCAUCUGAAACAUUUGCUGGAGUGGCGUUUCUUGGCCUGCAUGGAGGACACGUUACCGAAAGCCAGUUCAGUGUUUUGAUUGUGUUGGACAAGUGUAAGUUAAUGGUGUCGAUGUCAAACAGUAUUGGAGAAGGCUUGAACACAUUGCUGUGCAUCGAUGCUCGAGUGUGUUCAAGUUGAUGCUGCUUGUUUGCUCACAUUCAGAUCUUUCAAAAUCCAAGGGACAGAUUGAAGGAAUUUGGCUGGAGGGGUAUGCCUAUAUGUCAUUACAUCAGAUUUGGGUUUGAUCCUCCUUAAAAAAGUGGUUCCUUCAAAUGGGUAGAUUGAGAAGGACUCAGGAAGGAUCCAAACACAAAGCAUUACUCAACCUAUCAAAAUGAGUCCGAGUCACCAGAGCCACUCCUUGAGUUAAAGUCAUAAAAAAAAAUAGACUUGCGCAAGAAACAGUCCUUAUGUUUUUCCAGUUAACCUAUGAAGUACCGUGCCAUUUUUGCUGUUUUACCUACGUGCAGACUAAAGUGGCUGUCGACAUUCAUACACAAAUGUAAAUCACCAGGAACUGUGAACAUUGUCUCCAUCUUCAUGAGGCUAAGAGAAACUCGGUGAUAAAAUCAGAGCUCUGUUUCCUCUUUCAAAGCAAACUAAAACAAAAUCUUUGAAAGCUAUGCCAUUAAGAGUCAUUUUGUGGGAUCGAGUCAUAAAUGUCUAGAGUGUUAAGAAUCAUACAGCCUGCUCAUAGAUAAAAACUUGCAGUGUAUACACAGUAGUCAGCAUUUCCUAAAAUGUUUCCUAAUGUAGCCUUGGCAGAAAGUUUUCAUUUGGUAACUACCACGUGUUCCAUUCAAGUAACCCCAUCUUGCUCAAGAUUGUUACUUUAGGAGGAAUGCUUGUGCCUUGCAGAGCUUCCCACCCACCACAUUAUGACAAGGCCUUAUUGCUGCGCGAAGACAAAAACUCCCUAAAGGUCAAAUAUAUACUGGAGCAUUGUGAAAGGUAGAUUUAGAAGAGCUGGCUUCGUAUUACAACAAAAAGUGUUUUUGUUAUGGAUACCUUUGUUUUGGGUUAACGUCUGUGAAUGAGCAUGGACAAGCCAAACCUCUAAGAGUGUUUUAAAGUAAAAACUGAAUACUACUUGAUCAUUUCUUGAUGAACAAAUGUAUAAAGGCAUCUUAUCAUGACCCAUAUAUACCAGUGAUGUAGUCGAGUACCAAAACUCAAGUACCGAGUUUUCUGAGUACACAAGUGCUGAGUACGGGCCGAGUCUGAGUACUGUUUAAUUGAGUCCGUGGCCAAAAAUCUGUGUCUGCAUACAGGCUAAGUAUGAGUACAAAGAUAAUCGAGUACAUCCGAGUACAUUGUAAAACUAAAACAUUAUCAGAAAUUUACAUUGUUGGUCAAAAAAAUGUACACCAGUUGAUAAAAAUACUGCGUGACUUGUAACAUGUAGCUUACACUAUGUGAAAUUCUCGGUCAAAGUUUAGUAUUGAAAAAUUCAUAACGAAAAAAUUCCCAAUUUCUUUUUGAGUAUUGCGAGUCUGGGAUCGAAUUAACUGAGUACAAUUUGUCAAAUUUAGGGACAAGUUUCCGUACAAAAUUUCAAGUACGUGCCGAGUACUUGUUUUUUUGAGUACUUAUGAUCAUGUAUGGGCCAAGUACUUAUUGGCACUCAGUUGUACUCGAGUUCGAGUACGAGUACUCCAACACUGAUAUACCCGUUAGUGCAUUACCACAUUUAGAGGAUUUGUGCAUAAAGUUAGGAAGUUAAGCUUUCGGUUUCAUUGAAAAGGGAAAUAUUAGAUCAAUCUCCAAGGCAAAAAAAUGUGUCAAUUGUAUGUGAAAGCAGUAAGCUUACUAAGUAUGCUGUCGAUAGACCUUGUAUGGGAUGUAAUGAUGUGGCAUUUUUGAAUGGGCAUAAAUUAAAGACUCUUGAAAGUUCCAAAGUUGAUAUUACAGUAACUUUAUAUAUGUAUGUGGGUAAGUUAAAAAAAGUGACCAUUUUACUAUUGGUAUUUCCUGCAGUACCUUUCAUGUAUCCUCGAAUGUAAUGUGAAUUGAUAGCAUGCGAAGACGACCUCAAUGUUAAAGCCAGCUAUUUGCAGUUUGUUUUUUUUGAGAGAGAGCACCAAUUUUAAAGUCUGAGCAGUUGAACAUGUAGAGCAUUUAAACUGACAAUGUCCUGAACUGAAAUGAACACGGUCUCUUAAUCUUGCUCUGAUGAAGAGUCUGAUCGUGACCAGCGUGUCGUCUGAAUGACCUUAUGACCCUUGAUCUGCAAUCAACAUAACUCUCUCACUUUUAUGCCUUGAAAUUCCCUCAGAAAGAUCCGCUCACUUCUGCCAAAUGCUGAAGAGGGAGGAAAGACUUAUUAAAAAUCCAAACAUGCAACUGCACUUUGCAUGAAUACAUCCUCAAUAGCUAGGCCAGUUGGGGUUGGGUACAGUUGCAAUAUGCAUACAUUUAGGAACCAAUAAAAUACUGGGGGGGUUGGACGGCAUUGCUUAAUACCAUAAUACAUGGUACCUGCAUGGUAUAAUAUAUGGGUAAGUCCUUUCUUUGCUAAGCCGAAUUCUGUGCAUAGCUUACUGCUGGCGGGAACAAAUUGAUGCUAACUAUAGCAGAGCAGUUAGCACAUUUCACAGGUGAGCAAGAAGACCUGGACUGCGCAUGUUGGAAAUCCCAUAACUAAGGAUUGCAUGCUCACUUGGUUGGCACCAGAAUUUCUGGGCUAUCACUGCAAGCAUAGAAUGCAUAGUAUCAUAAACGCAAACUUCCGGGUACUUAGUACUGUCCUCCCUCAGACCUCUGACCUUUAUUGAGUCCCUGAAAGAGUUAAUUACAUCAGUGCACUUCAUUUGACCAUUCUGAAUAGAAUUGCAGAUCGCUAGUUUAACUCCCAGACAAACUAGAGUGCCCAAGUUAUCGCUAUCUGAAUAACUAUGUGUUAUUUACACAGAAUGAAUGUUGCAAAGUGUAACUACAGGUAUGUGUUUAAUCAAUGCAACUGCAAGUCGCUUGCAUGCGGCGGCAGCAGUCGCACCAAAGAAACAAGCAUGAAGAUGGCAAUCAUGAUAACGAAUCGAUUGUUGCUGGUUUUAAAAAGGAUAUCAUUAGCUCCACCAUUGGAAUGACUACGUGUACAUGUAGAUUCUUGUCUGUUUAGCUUUCAGAAGUAGAAUAUUUGUAAAAGUCCAGUUUCAUAAGUUCAACUUGCCAUCGUAGAGUUUCCCGUGCAAGUCAACAGUUUGUACAUUUGAAACUGGCUGCACCAAUAAUUGGCUGAAAUAUCUAACCACCGUGAUUGAAUGCUCUCUGAAUAUUCUCUCUGUGCCCCAGAAGUAACAAUCACAAGCAACAUGAGCCUUUUCAUUCGGGCUUCCUGUAUUCUCUUAACAUAUUGUUCUCCUAGUUUCCUUAUAUGCACACAGACCGUUAUAUCCUAUCCAAUAGUGAGAACUACUGUCCAACAAAUAAUAUGGUGCCCUGAUUUAUUUGUAUAUUGCCUGGCAAGUACAUGUAUAUUUGAUGAGCAGCAUGCGCUAUUUCCCUAUCAUGUGGUACAUGUAUCUUUACCCUAACACCCUAGGCUCCUGCACUACAUGUAGAAAGCAUACUGAACCGCAUGUACUUGUCAGUGUGUUUGUACAUGUAUGCAGGUCACUGUACCAAACCUGAUCAAUGCCAAUAGAAUGAGCCCAUUGGAGGUUUGAGUGAUAUGGUAUGGAUGGGUCUGUGCUAGCCCCACACCUAGGCCUGUAGUGGCUCUCUUUUACAAUCUGUCUCUUUUCUGUUGUGGGGCAAGAUCUAUGCAGUAUAGGAUGACUUGCACUGAGCAGUGCCAAACCUGACAAAAUCAAGCAUAGUCCAAUACCUGCACCAGGUACAGAAAGCCAGACACUACACACAAUGAAACCUGCGUCUCCCAACUCGCGCAGAACCCAACACCAUUUCCCUGGGCCUUUCAGCCCAAGUCUCACAAGCUUCAACAAGAAGCUCAACAGGUGUGGUACCAGAUCUGGCAAAACCUCACACAACCUGCUGUUGGAGUAUGGCGCCUUUGGGGUAGUUAGGGUUAAAGACUGCUGUACAUGUAAAUGUACAUUGCCCGACUUGGAGUACCAUUUAUGUUUCUUACAUUUGUAGGGUGUCAUUGACAGCAUUUAAAAGUUUUGCAUUUUGGAAACUGAAAAAAUAUGAGAUAUGCAAGAUAAUUUGCACUGUCAGAGUUUGUAUGAAAUCAGGCUCAAGAAAAUCACAGGUCUAGCCAUAAGUAACAGUAGACUAACACCAACGUAAGGCAAAAUAACCCCUGGUUUCUGGUCAGACCAAAGUUCCAGGAUUGAUGCGGCGAUGCAGAGUUCUUUUUUGGGGGGGGGGGUGGCUUUUUAAGACGAGCAGCGAGUGGCAUAUUUAAUCAAAGAGCAAAGGCUAGUUAGU